ACAGCUGCCCAAGCCCAUUUCCAACUUCAGUAUCCGAUUCCACGAGGUCCUUUCGUCCAAGACUCUGAACCAACGUUCUGUGACGGUUACACCGAUGCCGUGAAUAACCGCACCGUAUUCCCUCUUAGUAACGGGAUCAUCAACAUGAACAGCGAACAUCCGUUGUGGACGGCGGGAGUCAUUAUCUCGACGGAUCAAAACCCGAAUAACUUCAGCGAUUUUAACUCUAGCUCUGGUUAUCAGACUGUAGUUCCAUUCUUCCAGCAAAGCGGAGAGGGGCUGUACUGUUUUUCUAUCGAUCUCGCUGCUGCUGCAACAAAUGUUUCUGGAAUCAAAGACGGCGCGAACGUCACCAUUCAGGUUCUGUUUGAUGGCGGCGACGGCACCCUCUACCAGUGUGCGGACUUGACUUUGUCUGCCAGCAUGACAGUUCCGCCGUCCAACGCCUCGUCUGGUUGCACGAACGUAUCUUCUUCCACUACAACUUCUACUAGUAGCAGUGCA